UUAAAGUGAGGAUGCUGAAUGAAAGUUUUUACCUCUUUUUAGCAGGGAAACUUGAGUAAGGAAUCCGACUAAAAUGCCGAGAGGCGUAGUUGAUGGUGUCGGGAAGGUCCUGAUAAUUGAUGCUUUGGUCGAGGCCCUGGACAAACGAGAGAGGUUGCAGAGCAAUGUCCCCAAAGUUAACAUAUUUCAUUUCAAUGGCGAGCGAGUUUCACAAUGGUUGAAACUCGUUGAGCAGGCUCUGGUGGGGCUAUUAGAUGCAGUGAAGUUCCAACGUAUUCUGAAGUACGUACUCCAUGGGUACCACCAGGAGGUAGACAAGGUGAUAACAGCUAACGACAGUUGGGCGAGGUUCAAAGAUGGAAUGCAGAGGAAGUAUAGGCUGGGUGAUGGUCUAUUGACCACUGUGGAUUUAGAGGUCGUGAACAGGGAUGACUUUACCACGGUCGGGACCUUUGUGCAGGAGUUUAAGAAAAAGGCGAGGAAGGUCCCCAGAAUCUUGAAAGAAGCACAAUGUGCUAUGUUCCUGGGGUUGUUCACUGCUUCGGAAGCCUCAGAGUUGACAAGUCAUGGAGGAGAAAGCGCACAGCUCACAUGGGUCACCAUCGACAAGGGGUUAGAGGAAGGGAGUUUGAACCAGGUGGAACAGUACCAAAUACGCCAGCAAAGGUGGGAAAGAAAAGAGCGAAAUGCGACCUCCUCAGGGACCCCGGGGAUGAAAACAAUCGUAACAGACGUACUCGUGGAGUUGGGUUAUGGGAAAGACGCUGUGGUACAAAAGAAAGUGGUGGCUACGAUCCAAGGGAAGGGGAAGGAGCCGAUGGUAGAGGAGGUUGUCCAGGAGGAAUGGGAAGAAGAAGAGUCGGGUGAUAACGACCUUGUGAUCUUGAAGGAGAUCCUGGCGUUUGCUCCUAAGCUCCUUAACGAGUUAAAGGGAAGGUUUUCUCGACGCUUAGUGUCGAAUGUCCAUCUAAGUGUAAUUCUGCCAAAGGAGGCGGAAUGGGCGGAAACUGGGACAAUGAUGGCCUGGAAGUGCGUGCUCUGUGGAAUGGUGGAUCUGGUGGUGAAGGGAUUGAAGUGCGCAGCAAUGGUGGUGGAUACAGGGGCGGAGAUGAAUAUCAUCAAGGAAUUUGAUGCACUCAGGUUCGGGUUGGAGAUGGACCGCUCGGAUUGUGGCAUUCUGCAUGGGGCCAACUGCAAGGUUGUAUUUUACGGAACGGCGUCAAACAUGCUCGUUGAGAUUGGGAGAGUGAAGGCCAGAGCUUGUUUCUCCGUCAUGCCGGACGUGGACCAUGCCAUCCUCCUAGGGAGGUCGUUCCUAUGCAGGACAGAAACGUUGAUGUUUAACAAACAUAACGAGACUCUGAUCCUGAUCCUGUGUGACUCGGCGUGCGGGAACAAUGAAAUAGUUACUUGCCAGAAUACAGGCCCAAGAAGUAUAAGGAACCGGCCGAACCCUGGUUCAUUCACGAUUGAAGAGUCCGGGGACGAGCGUCGGAGGCUCCGUGAGGAACCAGAAGAGGAGGCCCGGGAGGAGGUAUUUUCCCUCGGCCUAUCUGAUGUGAACAAGGCCAUGGAUGUAGUGGCCACGCAUGAGAUGGCGGAUCCAGACGCCAUCCAGACACUAAGGGAACAAGUUUUGGAAUGUCCCCAGGCUGGGGAAGUAAAGCUGGUCUAUCGGCUUCCGGGCGAAAGGAGGAACCCUGCAAUGAUGCAGGCACAAGCGGACUUGCAGCGGCUGAACGAUGUGACCGUGCGAGAUGCGGGGGGCUUGCCAAAUAUAGACGCUUGUCAGAGUCAUGUGCUGGGAGGCUUAUAAUUUCGCUUAUAGACCUUUAUUCCGGAUAUGACCAGUUUCCGCUCUAUCCGCCAGACAAA